CCGUACCCGGCGUGACCAGCGUGCUGGAGAGGUGGGCCCCUCCAGGCCGCUGGGCCUGUUCAUGCGCCCGACACGUGGCCGUGGCUUUCAGAUUGCCACGUGCCACCUGUCGUUUGGUGACGCCCCGUGACGCGUGAACAGGGGAAGCGUCAGAUAUAAUUGAUUGGGGGCUACUACACAAAAGCAGUGCGGUUCUUUGAGCGAACCAUGACCAUGGAGGAAAAUUUGGAGAGGGAGCUAUAUAUUGGAGCAAACGAAUGGCUGAUUACCUUGGAGAACGGAUGCAGAUGGCUACAUGAGAUUGUGAGGGACAUGUCUUUACGACUGCAAAUGGAGCCAGAGGUCGAAGGGGGAGCGAUCUCUCUGGCCGGUUGGAUGAAGGACAAAAGCGAGGACAUGCUGGCGAUCAUCUGGGAGCUGGAGGAGGGGCCGGAUCCUCGGCUUGACGUUUGCAUCAGUUGGAUGAGGGCAGAUGCCAUCAUGUCCGUCUGCAAAACCCUCUUCAAUGAGGGUCGUGAUCUGUAUGCUCUUCUGGAAGACCGGUUGGAGGGCGUUAUGGAUCGUGAGGACGAGCACGUGGCAAUAGAGGUAAUAGCGUUCAACAACAACAAUGGCGAAAACAUCAUCAUCAUCAACAACAACAACAACAACAACAACAACAACGAUAAUAUCAACAGCAACGACGACGACGACUACGGAUGGAGAAGGGCUGACAUUGGUGUCUGGGCAAAUGCGAUCAUCAUCGACAUCAUGGGGGAGAUGCCGCAUGUGGAGGGAGGGGAGAUUGGGAUUGGUACGGAAAAAGGGUUUGUCAUCUCCCCCCCCCUCAACGAUGGGGACGACGACGACAACAACAACAACAACAACAACAACAACAACAACAACAAUAUCAAUGACAACGACGACGACGGCGGCCACGACCAAGGGAGCAGCGGGGUAGGAAGCGGUAUCCGGGCAUCUGUAAUUGUCAUCAGCGCAAUGGGAGUGAUGCUGCAAGUGGACGGGGUGGGGCAGGGGCUUGAUAUAAAGAAGAGGUUUACUGCUUUCCCCCCCUCCAACCUCGAUAUGGUGCUCCUCCUCGUGGUUUGGCAGAGGAUAGGAGUAGGAUAGUUGGGGGUGAUUGAUGUUGCCCGGCCUGCAAUACCAAUCAUCAAUGGGGGGAUGAUCGUCUUGCAUUGCCUCCUGCUAGUUCCACAUGAUAAUGCAUAUUGGAUA